AUGCCCUCCCUCCGCAGCGUCGUCCUUGGCCUCGUCGUCCUCGCCGUGGCCCCCGUCUCCCUGGCCGUCCCCUCUCCGCCCGACGAGGGCUCUGUUGCUCCGCUGCAGCAGCGUGACGCCGACGCCGCCGCCCCCUUUGAGGAGCCCGACGCCGGCGAGCCGGACUCGGUGCUCGACGCACUCGCCGGGGGUGCCCAGGCCGCGCGCAGCGCCUGCUAUGUGACCAAUAGGCGUGGCCAGACCGGCUGCGCCGCUGCCACGUGCAUCCCGGCCCAGCAGUGCCGGCCCAGCAGCAAGGGCCGGUGCGCCUUCAAGGAGAAGAACAUCAGGAAGAGGCCGUCUGGGUGCCGCGCGUGUAGGUGCGCCCGGUACAAGGGCUCCUAG